AUGUUGAGAAACCAAAUAUUGCAAAAAUUAGGUAAAAGAUAUCUUUCUAUCCAUGAAUUCAGAUCGGCUCAAUUAUUAAAUCAAUAUGGUGUCGGUACUCCUAAGGGUAAAAUUGCUUUCACUCCACAGGAAGCUGGCCAAAUCGCUCUAGACAUUCCAAGCAGACAGGUUGUCUUAAAAGCACAAGCAUUGACUGGUGGUCGUGGUAAAGGACAUUUUAGUGGCCCAGAUGGAUUAAAAAGUGGUAUUCAAAUCUUAAACAAUGAUUUUAAUGAAGUUGCUAAAAUCAGUGGGCAAAUGCUAGGUCAUACAUUGAUUACAAAACAGAGUGGUCCAAAGGGUAAAUUCGUCUCCAGUGUCUUCGUAGUAGAAAAAGUAAACGCUUUGAAAGAAGCUUAUCUUUGUAUCAUGAUGGACAGGGGUACUCAAAUGCCAUUGAUUAUUGCUUCUAAAGAGGGUGGUGUUAAUAUUGAAGAAGUUGCUGCAAAGAAUCCAGAAGCUGUUAAGAAAUUUUAUAUUAAGCAUAGUACCCAAGGUGUAGAUGAUGAAUUGGCUAUCAAUAUAGCUAAAGCACUUGGUUUCGACGAAAAACUAGAAAAACAAACUGCAAAAACUAUACAACAAUUGUAUAAGAUUUUUAAUGAGAGAGACGCCACCCAAAUAGAGAUCAAUCCUAUAAGUGAGGUGGCAAGACCUAAUGGUGAAAAUGAGGUGAUGUGUAUGGAUGCUAAGUUUGGGUUUGAUGAUAAUGCAAGCUUUAGACAGGAAGAAAUAUUUUCCUGGAAAGAUUUGACUCAAGAGGAUCCACAUGAAGUGGAGGCCAAGAAAUAUGAAUUAAAUUUUGUUAAACUAAAUGGUAACAUCGGUUGUCUUGUCAAUGGGGCUGGAUUAGCCAUGGCAACAAUGGACGUCAUUAAAUUGUAUGGCGGUGAUCCAGCCAACUUUUUGGAUUGUGGUGGUGGCGCUACCCCUGAGACCAUCAAGAAAGGAUUUGAAUUAAUUUUAUCUAAUGACAAAGUAAGUGCUAUCUUUGUUAAUAUUUUUGGUGGCAUUGUGAGAUGUGACCAUGUUGCUGAAGGUUUAAUAUCUGCUGCUAAAGAAUUAAAUAUUAAGAUCCCUAUUAUUGCUAGAUUACAAGGUACUAAUUUAGAGAGGGGCAGAGAAUUGAUAAAACAAUCUGGGGUACAAAUAUAUUCAUUCGAUGAAUUGGAUCCUGCUGCUAAAAAAGCUGUAGAGUUAGCACACCAAAAUCCUCAAACUGCUACUUAA